GCAGCGGGCGGGCGGCGCGGAGGCGGAGGGACGGCGGGCGGUGAGCGGCGGCCGCAGGCCCGCGUCUCUUUGCAGCAAUCGAGUCCCAGGAUCAUGGCUACGGACUGGCUGGGGAGCAUCGUGUCCAUCAACUGUGGAGAAAGCCUGGGGGUCUACCAGGGGCGAGUGUCUGCUGUGGACCAGGUCAGCCAGACCAUCUCCCUGACCCGGCCCUUCCACAAUGGGGUCAAGUGCCUCGUGCCAGAAGUCACCUUCAGGGCAGGUGACAUUACUGAGCUGAAGAUUCUGGAGAUCCCGGGCCCGGGGGACAGCAGGUCGUGCGGGGAUCUGCAGCAGACAGAACUGGGCAUCCCGGGGGUCGGCUGCCAGGUGGGGCCCAGCCAGAACGGCACCGGCAAGAUGUUGAAGAAGCCCAUCUCCAGCAGCGCCCCGCAGAACAUCCCCAGGAGGACGGACGUGAAGAACCAGGACAUCAUCAUCUCCCCCCAGCAGCAGUGCUCCAAGAGCUACAUGGAUCGGCACGUGGAAACCCUGACUCAGUCCAAAGGCUUUCGGCGUAGGCACAAUUCCUGGUCGUCCAGCAGCCGCCAUCCAAACCAGGUGACUCCAAAGAAGAGCGGCCUGAAAAACGGGCAGAUGAAGAGCAAAGAUGAUGAGUGCUUCGGGGACGACAUCGAUGAAAUCCCAGACACGGAUUUCGAUUUUGAAGGGAACCUGGCCCUUUUCGACAAGGCAGCCGUGUUUGAAGAGAUUGAGACUUACGAGCGGAGGAGCGGCACCCGUUCCCGUGGCACCCCAAGCGAAAAGCCGGCUCGCUAUCGGCACGACGAGAACAUCCUGGAGUCGGAGCCCAUAGUCUACAGACGGAUUGUCGUACCCCAGAACGCUAACAAAGAGUUCUGCACUGACUCCGGGCUGGUGGUUCCGAGCGUGUCGUACGAGCUGCACAAAAAGCUGCUCUCGGUGGCCGAGAAGCACGGGCUGACUCUGGAGCGCAGGCUGGAGAUGACGGGAGUGUGCGCAAGUCAGAUGGCGCUCAGCCUCCUCGGGGGCCCCAACAGGCUGAACCCGAAGAACGUGCACCAGCGGCCCACGGUCGCCCUGCUGUGCGGCCCCCACGUCAAGGGGGCGCAGGGCAUCAGCUGCGGGCGGCACCUCUCCAAUCACGACGUCCACGUCAUCCUCUUCCUGCCCAACUUCGUCAAGAUGCUGGAGUCCGUCACCAACGAGCUGAACCUCUUCAGCAAGACGCAAGGCCAGCAGGUCUCCAGCGUCAAAGAUCUCCCAGAUACCCCUGUUGACCUAGUGAUCAACUGCCUGGAUUGUCACGAAAACGCCUUUCUGAGAGAUCAGCCUUGGUACAGAGCAGUUGUGGACUGGGCCAACCAGAACCGGGCGCCCGUCCUCAGCAUAGACCCUCCGAUAAACGAAAUGGAGCAGGGCAUCGAUGCCAAGUGGUCGCUGGCCUUGGGGCUGCCCCUGCCGCUGGGCGAGAGGGCAGGGCGCGUGUACCUCUGUGACAUUGGCAUUCCCCAGAAGGUCUUUCAGGAGGUGGGAAUAAACUACCACUCGCCCUUCGGCUGCAAAUUCGUCAUUCCCCUGCACUCCACUUAGAGCCCAUCCAGCCACGCGGAUCUGAAGGGAGAGAAGAGAGAAGGAUGUCUGUCAAAUAAGCUGUCUGGUGGAUCCUGACUAGUAAACUCGUGACGCCUUAAGGAUGUGAAGUUCUGGAGAGUUUCCUUCCAGAAGAAAAGUUGUGUAUUUAAAAAAAAUAGUCAUAAAGUGAAAGAAAAAAAGAAGGAAGCAAACGUUCCUGCAAAGCUGUCUUCAUUCUCUUGUGCCAUUGUGUGAAGGAACACGCAGGAAGGUGGUGCCUGUCCCUGGCCAAGGCAGCUGAUGCUGCCCAGGCCUGGCCAGGGGUCUGUUGGAGGGGCUGUUUGAGAGGGUCUGGUACAAGCAGUGGGUAGUUUGGAGGCUUGAGACGUAUUUCCCAGUCCUUCUGGGCAGAGAGACCCAGCAAGGUGUCCUGCUGGGAGCAGCGCCCCUUGGUUGUGUAGAAAUAACCCUUUGUUGCAGUCGUACCGGGAGGGAGGAGUUGGUUUUGCUUGGUUCUUUUGGAUGCCCCCCCUCUGUUUUUUGUCCAUGAAGGCAGCUGUAGCUCGCUGGCCCUCCUGGACCUCCACUCCUCGAGGAGAGAAUUCCCUCUUCAGAAAGCUUGUGCCAGGAGCCAGAAGCUCUCAGCUGGCACAUGGUCCAGGAACACCCGUAUCCUCAGCUGGGUUUUACUCAUGCCCUCUGGCUUUUUGUUUGUUUGGGGAGCGAGGUGUAGUUUGGAAAAUAACUUUUCUAUUUUUUUUUCUUUCUGGCACAGCGAUUGUCUGAAUUGGGGGAGGCACGGUGAGGCAGGGAAGCAUUGCUCUGCCUGUUCUGUGGUGUACGGUGCAGGUGAUGUUUGGAUGAGCUCCCUGUUCGUGCUCUCCGUGCACCCGUAGCUGACCCAGGGGAGGCGCUGGACCUGGGGUGACACAGGAAGUGCGGUGAGGUGAGGUGAGCUGUGUCUGCAUGCUCCUGGUGCCGUGGGCAUGGACAGGAGGUGAAGCUCUGCCAUCCUCCUGGACCCUUUCCUGUCCCCAAAGCUUCUGCUGGUCCUCAACCUGCCGCAGAGCCUGUUGGCAGCACUGGAGAACUUCAGAGCUUCAGAUGGUGCCUUUCCUCUGGGGCGGCCGGCUUCCGUCUCGGGCUGAAGCGUGGGGACAGCUGCCCCGUGCGGGGCAACGGCAGCGCAGUCGGGGCUGUGCUCGUUUGGGUGGCAGGCAGGCAGCCUCCUACCUGCCGCACGUCGACCCCUGCGUGCUGCGAGUCCGCAGGUCACCUGCGUUUGCCUUUUAUCUGCCUUAGAACAAAGGCUGAGUGUGUCGGAGGAGGGAGGGGGAGACUUCCCUGGCGGAGCGGCAGCAGCUGAGCCGUUAAUUUGCCUGCAAGUGCCAGUGUGACCCUGGGUACGGGGCGAGGGAGCUGCUCCCAAAGGUGCUGGGGUCCAUCAGGGCCGGUCACUUUGAGAGCCACUUCCUAGGGGCACAGGAGCAGGUGAUGCCGAAGUGGCAGAACUUGAGCAAGCAGGGCAGAAGCUUGGCUGGGCAGGGAGCUUCUAGAGCUGAGGUGGGAAAGGGAAGGGUUUGGCCACUGGAAGUGAGGUCGAGCAACGCGGCAGGACUACAGGGGUGCUGUUCCCCAGUGCGGGGAGAAAACUUGUGCAGCCAGAACUCAGUGCGAGCUGAAGCUGGCCGGUACUGUGCGGGCAUCAAAAAGGGCUUUCUAAACAGCACGAGGAGGACCAGAGACAGCUGGUCUGUUCCUGGGUGAGGAUGGGCACCUCAGGCAGGGACGGAGACAAAGCAGAGACAUUUAAUGCCUUCCUUGCUCUGUCUUCAACACCGAUGCUGGGCUCUGGGUCCCCAGCUGCCCUCAGCUGGAGGUCUGUGACUGCGGGAAGGAUAAACCCCCAGCCCACCCUGAGCAGGAUCUGCUGCUCCAGCUGCAUGUACGCAAGUCCACGGCCCGAUGGGAUUCAGCCCAGGGUGCUCAGAGAGCUGGCUGGUGUCGCUGGGAGACCUCUCUCGAUUAUUUUUUUCAAUGGUCUUGAGAAUCUGGAGAGGUCCCAGCUGACUGGAGGCUGGCAAAUGUUGUCAGCACUGGUAAGGCGGCAGGCCCUGGUAAUUGCAGGGCUGCCAGGCUCACUUCAGUGCCUGGUAAAGUCAUGGAAAAGGUUACUCUGGAGUUAGUGAAAAAUGCUUGAAAGACAAUUUUACUCCCUUUUAGGGCCAGUUCUCUGUAAUGCUCUUACAAAUGACCUGGGCACGAGUCUCAGCUGCAUACUGAGUAAGUUUGCAGGUGACCCUGAGUGAGGAGGUGCUGCUGCCUCCCCUGAGGGCGGAGAAGCCUUGUGGAGAGCUCUUGAUUUGUUUGAGGCCUGGGCAAACGAAGUGGAACAAGAGCACAAAAUCAGCUGCAGCUUCCCCUGCCACAUCUACCUCAGCAGGACCCAGGCUCUGCUCCUCUCGGUGUCCGGAGCCCUGUUCCUAAAGCAUCUUUCCGCACCCUGUUCAGCCUGGGCUGCAAUGGCAUUUACCAGGCUGGGGCUCUGCUCAGCUGCCUUGGGAAGGGGCGGCCGUGGGGCUGGCUAGGUGAAAUACAAGUGCAAGGCUUCUCUCUGCCUCUUUGCUUCCUCAGCUCAUCUUUAACCAGGCAGAGGAGCAGCAUCUGGGUUUAAAACGUGGGCAAUCAGCUGCUGGCUGUUGCUUCAGUACAGUGUUAGUCCUCAUCCCCUCAUUUUUCACUUUCCUUCCUCGAGACGCUGGGUAGGAGACCCUGCUCUUUAAAUUCCUGCUUUUCUUGGCUCUUUGGGGUUUGGCUGUUGAACUGCAGAUUGUACCUGUGGUGCAGUAACAGCGUAGAAGAUAUUCAGGGCUUAAUCCCAGGGGCCUUUUCUGCCUCUGCACAGCUGUGCCACUGGCUGAAGCUACAGGAACCAGGCAAAGACACCUGUGCAGGUUUGGCAGCUGGACCCAGCUCUGGUCUCACUGCAGUGUGGUUUGGGGAGCACUGAGGCCCUGCGCAUGGCCAGCCGUGCAGCAGUAGGGCUCCCCACCUUUAAGAAAAAAAAAAAGGAAUAGGUAGAAGGGGAGGGCAUGAGCCCUGAUGUAAGGAAAAAGCUUCCUCAUCCCUACCUGUGUGGUGUGUAGGGGGCAGAGCAGGGAGCCGGGGCUGUGUUGUGCACAGCUGCCCUUUACAUUGCGCUCCCCUUCUGAAGGGGAGAGAUGUGGCUGUCGGGCUGUACGUUAUCUCAGCUGGCUUACUUGAGGAAGGAAGUAUGGGCCUUGCCCACACGAAAUGCAUCUUAUUUACAGGGGUGUACUCUUCUGGAACCCAGAGGGGCUGGGUCCCUUGGUUGCCCCUUCCCUCACAUUGCUGGAGUAAUUCAAAGAAUGCACCGCACUUCUGAAAUCUCUCUGAGAUCGUUUCUGUCCCCGCACAGGACCUGCCCGCGAGUGCUGCUCUGCUCACUAACACGUGAAGAUCACUGCCCCGUGUCACCGCUCCGUAUUCCAUUUGUGCCCCAACGUUUGUAAAUGACUGAUGCCUGCCUCUGCGGGGGGAUGCCCUGAAAUAAAGUGUAACUAUUCAUGUGUGCU